AUGGCCCAAUCGUCUCCUUUCCCUAUGCCCGUGUUCGCCGGCGACACUAACACGCCCGUCCCCAUGCCCGUCUUUGCCGGCGACACCACCGUUCCCGCGCCCGCGCACCCCGCACCCGCGCUCGCGCCCACGCCCGCACCCUCCACACCCGCGCCUGUCUCAUCUACCCCCACCUCCUCCCACGAACCCUCCUCCACCCCCGCCCCCGCCCCCGCCGCAGGGCACGGCCCGACCGCGCCAUUCGACGCGCGCGCGCUUGAGCCCGCGAUCUACGCCAUCCUGAGCGCGCCCUCGGUCGACCUGAGCACGAUCAGCGCGAAGCGUGUGCGCAAGACGCUGAGGGAGAAGGACGCGGCGCUGGACGAGCCUGUGCGUGCGCACCGCGAGGCGGUGGAUGCGGUUAUUGCGGAGGUGUAUGGGCGGGUUAGUGCUGCUGCUGCUGCUACCGCUGCGAAUGCGGCGGUGGCGGCGGGUGGUGUGGUUGAGAAGAAGGAAGAGGAGGGGAGCGAGGUUGGGGGGAAGAGGAAGAGGGGGGAGGGGGUGGAGGGGGAGGGGGAGUUUGCUGAGGAGGAUGGGGGUGAGGGCGAGGAUGGGGAGGAUGGGGAAGAGGACGCUGAAGAGGAGGAGGAGGAAAAGCCACCGAAGAAGAAAUCGCACAAGGCGACACCCAAGUCGAAGCUCGAGGAGGCAGAUGCGGCGCUCGCGCGCCAGCUGUCGUCGCAGCUCAAUGCGCGCUCGACGCGGCACUCGUCCUCGCGCGCGGGCUCGGCGAACGGCGGGGCGAAGAAGGGCGGAGGGGCGGCAGCGAAGAAGGGCGGGAGGGCGAAGAAGAGCGCGGCGACGGUGGAUGAUUCGGAUGGGGAUGGGGAUGAAGGAGGAGCAGGGGCAGGGAGGAAGAAGAAGCGGAAGGGGGCAAAAGGGGGCGGGGCGAAGGGGGGUUUCGCGAAGGAGUAUAUGCUUAGCGAACCGCUCUCGAUCCUCGUCGCCGCGCCCAAGAUGUCACGCCCGCAGGUGGUGAGCAAGCUAUGGGAGUACAUCAAGGCGCACGAGCUGCAGAACGCGUCGAACCGGCGCGAGAUCCUGUGCGACGCGACGAUGCGCGCCGUGUUCGCGUGCGACAAGAUCGACAUGUUCACGAUGAACAAGAAGCUGGGGCAGCACCUGCACGAGGACCAGUGACGAUGUUGGGUGUCAGCGUUUUAAUACCGUGGUAAGAUGAGAUACUGGACGGGACAUACACGUUGAAGGUAGUUUCUGAAUAUAUGCGAUUUUUCCCUGC